UCUCCCUCAGUCAUCUGCUCGACGCCCCAGGACCCGGCCACGCCACAGCCACUCCACAAGAAACGUUAUCUAAGAAGCGGCAGUUAUUCCAAACAUCUUUUUUAGCCGAGACUGGAUUGCAGCGGUUUUUCGCUCGUCGAGAGAGUCUGAGAGAAAGUUGCCAGAAGUUGCCAGUAAGCAGACAUGAUGAACAAAGCUACCGUCGUCUUCGCUGUUAUCUGUGCGCUCCUCCAUGCAGGGGCGGCGCUGCAGUGCUACUCUGGCGUCGGCGACACGAGCAACACCGUCAGCUGCCCGGGCUCCUGCAUGAAGACCGAAGCAGCCUACGAGGACGACUCGGGCGUGGCCAGGUCCUGCUCGCCCGUCCACUUCAAGGACGACUGCCACGAGCAGACCAUGCUGGUGACGGUCGAGAUAUGCUACUGCAACAGCGACUACUGCAACGCCGCGCCGCCCGCCGCCGCCGCCGCCGCCGCCUGGCCGCUGGCCCUCGCGUCCCUGGCCCUGGCACUGCGCGCGGCACUCCUCUAGGGAGGCACGGGCGCACGCAGGGGGGGGGGGGGCAGAUACGGACGUCACGAUCAGCUGUGUCUCUUUUAGGGCUUAUGACGCCUUUGUGUCACCCUUCACGUUAGCCUACUUUAAAGAAAGUUUCAUUUCAGUUUAUAUUAGUAUUAUGUGAUUAUAUAAGAAUAUAUAUAUAUAAAUAUAUAUACAUAUAUAUAUAUAUAUAUAUAUCUGUGUGUGUGUGUGUGUGUGUGUGUGUGUGUGUGUG